GUGGCGCGCGGCUUCCCCCGCGGCCGCGCCUGCCAUUGGUUUCUCCUGGCAGCGGAGGCUGGGCCAGAGGCACGGCCAGGGAGUGGGAGGGAAAGUUGCUGCCUGCGCCAUGUAGUUCGCACUCGGCGGCGGAGUUUGCACGGGACUGGCUGGAGAGGGAGCCGCGCGCGCCAGGAGAGGCAGCCAGGUAAGGAGGCGCGGGGAGGGGCGGACAGCGGUGCGAGAAGGGCCCAUCCUGCUGCUGCUAGGACCUCGCUGCUCGUCGCCCACCCGCGCAGGAAAAGGAGCAGAAAGAGAGACGAGUCCGGAUUGGAUCCAGGUCAGGUGCGAUCUGUACCUGCGCCCAGAGCCGGCGCGCUUUGCUCGGUACCCGACGCGCGGCCGGACUCUGCGCAUCUUUAGAUUCCAAAGUGAAGCCCAACUAAAUUCGAUGGGAUUGAUGGACUCUCAAAGUGAGUCUUUGUAGGGAGAAAAGGAGGUGGAGAAGCCGCGGGAGGGGGGUUUCUUUUGUGAGUGUGGAAUCUCUGCGGAAUCUCGAGGUUUCCUGGCGGGAAUCUGGUGGAAGGGGAGAGAGAAGUUAAGAAAAGAGCCCAGGGGCAGCGGGGACUUUCCGCUUCUGCAACAGAGGCGGGAUUAAGAAAACUUGCAAGAUCGCCCGGUUAUACAACGUGAUGGUGAAGGCGCGCUUUGAAGGGGUGGGGAGAGGGGGGGGUAGUUCUGUAGUUCCAAAAAGCUGCGCGGAUUAAAACGUCACGUCUCUAAAAAGGCACAGGAGAGAAGCUUGGUCUCACGGUGUGGGUGAAGUAUGUGACCUUGGAAAGUGGUGGGAAGUUUUUUUGCGGGGAGCGAGGUGGCUUAAAAACUGGACCAGAGCGAAGUCCCGUUGGGUUGGUGUUUUUCCAGCAGGGUCCAGUCAGAUGCCUGGGAAAGAUCGCGAGAAGGAUGUAAAAAGUGGUGGCAAUCCUCUCUUGUUUGCAGCCUCUAGAAUUCAGACAGUUGCUGCUUUUUGCAUGUGUUCUUCUUGGCUGGAAGGUGGCUCUCUCCAUAGAGGAGGAGGAGACAGAAGGAACCUAAGGCGAGAUUCAUGGUCUGCUGAUAAAAAUUCUUCAGAUGUGAGGUGUCCCCCUCCCAACCUAUUUCACAAUGUAGUAAAACCAAAGACAAGCCCAGACUGGCUUUUGCAGUCUUAAGUUCUACUUGGUUUUGUGGUUAGACGUGGAUGAGUAGGGGCAAAGCUUUCGAGAAGGACUGUGUAGAGGUGGGCUGGAGAAAGGAGAAGAGAGAGUCUGCAAGCGAAACCGGCUUGGCAUGCGAUGCUUCCGUGACUUUCAUACUUUCUCUUUGUGGCUUCUUUCAGGGGUGGCUGGAUGUGAGAAGGAGCAAACGGAGGAUUUUGGGGGCCCCCCGAGAGCUCCCCCACGAAACAAGACAGGAAGGAACUGCUCUGCAUUGUUGGCUGGGCUCCUGCUCACACCCUGGUGCUGGUGCCACACUCUAAGUCGGUUGCGCUGAAGAGGAGGGGUUUCUUUGCUCCCACUUCUCCCAGAAGCAUUGACUGUGCCGGGAUUGACCUCUUGGCAGGCUUGCAUUCUCCAGCUUUCCACAGCUUGCACGAAGCGGCCGAAAUCGCUGUGUGAGUGCCACAAAAGAGCAGCCCCUGGCAGAGGCGGUGAUGCUGGGGUGCUGUCUUUGGGGCUCUGCACCCCGCACACCAACUGGGGAGAAGAGAGGAGCCGGGUGGCUUGAACCGCUGCUGCUGCUGCUGGUGGUGGUCCUCUCCAGUUGGGUUUUGGCUCAGCAGACGGCUGACUGCCCCGGAACUUGCGACUGCUCCGAGGCAGCCAGGACAGUGAAGUGCAUCAACAGGAACCUGACGGAGGUGCCUGUGGGCCUGCCCCGCUAUGUGCGGAACCUCUUCCUCAUGGGCAACCACAUCCAGAACGUCUCGUCCGCCUCGUUCCCCCCGGAGACCCUUCUAGAACUCAGCAGCCUCAACCUGAGCAGUAAUCGCCUGCAGUGGGUGGAGGCUGGGACCUUUGCUGGGCUGCCCAACUUGAAGCAGCUGGACCUCAGCAACAACUCCCUCCUCGAGCUCAGCCCCAUGGCCCUGGGCAACACCAGCAGCCCCCUAGAGGAGCUGAACCUGCGCAACUCCCUCUAUAACAACAGCUAUGUGACCGCCGUGGCCCAGCUGCUUCAGCAAGAGGCCUUCCUGAACUUGAAGCGCCUGGACCUGUCCGAAAACACCCUGUUCUACCUGCCCCAGGGCAUGUUCGCUGCGCUACACAGCCUGCAGCACCUGGACCUGCACAACAACUCCCUGGUGAGUCUGCACGGCGUGACGCUCGAGAACCUCCGUCAGCUCCAGAGCGUCAACCUCAGCGGCAAUGCCCUCAAGCGCCUGAGGAACAGCACCCUCCUGCAGCUCCGGGGCCUUCCUCGACUCACCAGCCUCAACCUCACCCACAAUGCCUGGGUCUGCGACUGCGGUAUCGAGGACAUGGUCAGCUGGCUCAAGGAGAGUGACCUGGUGGAGGCCAAGGCGUCCCUCAAGUGCUCUUACCCCAAAGGGAUGGAGAACAGGUCCUUGGUGGCCAUUGAUUUUUCAGAGCUGAGCUGCCCAGAGCCGACCGAUAACCAGACUCAGCUGCAGACCUCUUAUGUCUUCCUUGGGAUAGUCUUGGCCCUCAUCGGUGCCAUUUUCCUCCUGGUUUUGUACUUGAACCGCAAAGGGAUCAAAAAGUGGAUGUACAAUAUCAGGGACGCCUGUAGAGACCACAUGGAGGGCUAUCACUACAGGUAUGAGAUCAACGCAGAUCCCCGGCUAACCAACCUCAGCUCCAAUUCUGAUGUCUGAAGAUGCGUUGCAGGGAAGCAGGCCAAGGGGCGCAAUAGCUAUGCAUGGAAUGUAGACUUUAGCUUUACCCCCCUGAAAUGUGUGUGCUUUCUGCUCCCGGCAUACACCCUUCGAGGCAUCGCAGACUUGACAUGCGCCAUACAGAGAAUUAUGCCUACCUGUACAAGUUGCCAUUAUUAUUAUCCACAGUCGAUUGUGCAUGAUAUCAGGUUGUAUGUACGAAAACAUGCUGCUGCUGCUGCUGCUGCCGCUGCCGCCGCCGCCGCCUCCCUGCCUGUUUGCUUUGCAACUUGCUACCAGCCUUUGCUUGGAAACAUCUCUCUCUCUCUCUCUCUUGGCACCUAAAAAAGAAAAGGACAUUUUCACUCCCCCCACCUCCACCUUCUCCCACUCUGAUGUUCUCAAACCACGAGGGCUUAUUAAAAAGUACGAUUCAACAAAGGCUGCCUCAACUUCUUUUGGGAGAAAUGUUUGAUCCAUCAGUACCCAUGUUGCUUUUAUGCAUCCUGAACGGUGAAGAAUCUUUGUAGUGCACAUGCAUGUUUAGAACAUGCCUUUUUAAAAAGGGAAAAGGAAAGUUCUUUGUAUAAAGAAGCACAUAAAAUAGUGAGCAUGCAAAUAGUUGACAAAUUUACAUGGUAGGCGGGGAGAAACUGAAAACUGCAGUACAAGUGUUUGCAAUUUACAUGGAAACAGGAUUUUUUUAAAAGGGGGGACCCUAUAAACUGCAUGUGAAGAGUUUGAACUUUUAAAUAAUUCAAUAAAUGCCCUUACAGGAACUUUUGUUUUGCUGAAGUUUGCUGUUUUUAAUGCUCUGAUCUGGAAAUGAAGCACAGUAUGGAAUGGACACCGUUUCUUCAGUGGGGGAAAAAUUAUUUCCCCAUUACAAAACAUGGUGGAGCCUUCAUAUGUUAAGAUAUUUGCCUGAAUUCAUUUUUUUUUCCCCCAUUGCUGUCGUUUAUCUUUCAGAGAGACUAGGAAUGUACAAAGCUAUACUGAUUUGCACUUCUUUAUUUUAAACUGCAUGCAAACAACCGUCUCUUUCGAUAAGCAAUGUUGAUUUGCAUAUCCUGUUCCUAGAAUGUGGCAGCUGUUCAACUGCCAUAACUCUGCCAGUGAGGGCUCAUUAAAUUGCCGCUACAAUUCUGAAUCUGAUCCUUAGGACAGUCAUUGAAAUUGGGUGGGAAUUGCUGCUGAACCAUGCACUCCUGCAGUCUAAUCCUGGGUAUAUUUGCUCAGAAGUUCCAGUGGGUGGAUUGUUUAAUGUAUUAAUUUCAUUUGUGAAUUGCUUCUCCCAAAGUAUUCCAAAGUGAUGCAACUAUUAAAAACACCUGUAAUUAAAAACAUAUAUAGGCUAGUAGAGUUUACUCCCAGGUACUUGUCCAUAAUCUUACAAGUUCCAUGGAUUUCAGUGGGAGGGGAAUUCAUGCAUUUGUUUAGCCCAUUCCUUUUGAAAUGAAUUGGACUGAAAGGGGCUUAUUCUUGGGUAAAGUGUUUAAAGCUUUGAGCGAUAGGCUGCUGUGAUAAGUACACGUACAGACACAUUCCACGCAUGUUUCCUUGGAAGUAAGUUCUACUGAGUACAGUGAGUACUCUUAAGUAAACAGGGUUGGAGCCUGGCUAGAAAAUAAAUAUUGUUGUGUCUUAGUUCUCACAAACAGCAAACAAGCUGGUGGUGAAUCUGCACGAACACAUCAGUGCUGCUUGAUUCACUCCCCUCAUACAGAAAACUGGCAUGUUGGCGCUGGGGUGUGUGCAAGUGUGGAGCAGCCUUUUCCCCAAAAUGCCUGGGUUUUUUAUGCUUAGGGUAUGGAGGAGUAUGCAAUGCUGUGAGCCCACCGCUAGCGUUUCUCAAGUGGUGCAGUUGAGAACCCCAUUUGCCACCUCCGCGCAUUUGUGAGAACAAGAAGGAAGUUUCUAAUUAAUGCAUUUAGCUUUUGCGGCUGGGCAGUCGCUUGUAAUCUCAGUGUUGAUCCAAAGGCAGUAUUGAAGAAGCCAAGUCUAUAAUACAGAGACAGGUAUGUGGGGCAAAUUUCAAAUCUACCCGUGACAUGUGUUGCAUCGCUCUCUUUUUUACAUUGUUACAUGAUUUGCGUCACACACGUUUAUAAGCAGAAAUCGCAUUUAUUUGGAUGCUGCAGAUGUUGCAGGGUUGCAGGAAACAAAGUGAAUAUGUUGCUCUUUCUGGCCAGUAACUUAAGUAGCAGCAAAAGGAAACUGCGCAGAAUGUUGAUGCCGCUCUAUAUACUGGCUCUUAACAGAAUUCUAAUAAACUAAUUUUAAGCGAAGCUAUUUUAUCAGGUCUUGGUAAUCCACAUAGUAAGUUCUAUGCUUAGUUUUGCUUGUGAAAUCUAAUUACUUCAGCUAGGUCUGAUAAAAUACUGUAACAACUUAGCAAAGCAAUAUUGUGCAUGUUUACUUGGAAACAGAUCCCAGUGUGUUAAUGGCUCUCAUUCCUAUGUAGGUGAGCAUAGGGACUGAAGCCUAGUUAUCAUAGUUCAGCAUCCUGCAGAACUUAAUUUUACAGUUGUCCUCAGUUCUGGUGUUUUUAAAGUGUCCCUAUUUAAUUUUAGGUAAAGCUAAGUCUCUUCAAGCUUUUUUCCCCCACUUGCCUAUUUAAAAGUCAACCCCCUAUUUUAAGGCUCAGGGGUAAAUAGAAACUAUACUACAGUUUGCUUGUUAGCUUUUAAAGACAUAAUUGCUCUAACUGUAAUCACAUUCUGCUAAAUGUAACUUAAAGAUUACAAGUGCAUGAGAAGAGCAAUUGAAUUUUUGAAUACAGGAGGUACCAAUUUUAAAAUAAUUUUAAUAAUGGUGUAUUUGUUGGGCCAAUUUGAAACACUAUGGGAUUUUCACAGACACAUCUAUGUUUCUAAGAACAGGGCUUUGCUAUGCUUCCUGAGACAGUCCUGGGCUAUUUUCAGAAACUGUUACGGAGAACACUUGGCACUACUGGGUUUCCGUUCCACUCCUCUCUCAAGCAAUACUGUCGUGUAAAUUUUAGAUUGUUAUAUGUAAAGCAUGUACCAGCCAAACAAAUGCAUAUGUGAACAGAUGUUGAAAAUAAAUACAGUGAAACAUGAGCUUGUUCGAAGGCUUUGAAUAGUGUUGAGUGCUCCAGAAUGCAUAUGUGAUUUGGACCGACUUGAAUCAAAUGUGUCUUCCAUUAAAAUACCUAGCAAAUUUACAGUGUCUAAUGAAUAAAGUGUGCUCUUGUAUCUGUUUAUUGGCUGAAGUGAGAAUGGCCAUCUCAGAAGGAACCAAAAUAACCUGCAAUGUUAGUUUAAUAAAAGAACUUGUUCACUUUUCUGUUUUACUUGAGCUAAGCUCUGUUGGUUGCUUUGCUGUGGCACAUGGGCUUAUUUUAUUGCUUCCUAAAUGAUAUGCACCCAGAAUUGUUUGGCAUGCAAUAGGUGGACUGAUAUUUGAGCUUAGUGUGUUGUGCAUGUUUAGAGGAGUAACAAAGAGGUCCUUUUUAAAAAAAACAAAUCUCACUAUGAAGCAGAAUGGCAAUUUACAGCAUAUACCAGUAUUUUCCAUAGCAGCUGAAAAUGUGUUUGUAGUUCCCACACAAAAAAAGUACAGUUUGAAAUUAUUUAUUCGUCUCUUCCCCCUUCCCCUGGAGCUUGUAUUUUCUGAUGCUGUAGCUAUUCAGUGUGUUUUGACACAGGGAAUGUUCUUUGACAGAUGACAGAGCUUAGAAGGGAUUAUAAGGUGUAUAACAUCAGUUCUGCAAGGGACUGAGUUGUGGGGUUUUUUAAUAGAUAGGAAAAUAUUUAUACCAUUUCAUCUAUACGGGAGAACUUAAAUCAGGUUCAUUUGCUAAUUUGGAAUUGUCAAAUACAAUGUGCUUCUUAAGUUACAAGGCAUCAGAAUCUGUGGAUCUUAUUAUAUGCUCACUUAUGCCGGUGAUGUGAUGGGCACUGGAUGCUAUGAUCACAGUGCUAUAAAGUUGAAAAGUAUAUCUGAGGCCAACUAGAAUCCAGCCUAGCUAUGGUAACAUUUGGAGCAUGCAAUUCAUUUGAGCAACUUGUCCUGUUUGCCAAAUAAUUAUUUACAUUUAGUAGACAUUAUCUGGAUCUUCAGAUUAAAUCUUUGCCACAAUCUGAACCCACCAGCUCCUUAGCUGAUGCAGUAGCUCACGUGACAUCCUAUAGUCAACAAAGUCGAUGUGUCCUUUGCCACACCUGGUGUACAUUGCCCACUCCAUGCAAUGCAAAGGCACAGAGCUCUCUAAUGAUGGGGUCCCCCGGCUGCACCAUCGCCAGCUAUGCUUCUGCCCUGCUUUCUCUGCCUUUUGUGUAUUCUGCUGCAGAAUAGUCUCAGAAAGCAGAGGACUGAUGGAAAUGGUGGCUCCUGUUAUAUUAGAAGCCCUGGCCAAAAACAAGGCAAAACUUGUUAUUGAGUUAUGGCUUACUCCCCAGGCUUGUUCCUCUGUAACCAGAGCACUGCCAAUGACUUGCAUUCCAAGCCUUUGAUCAUAUGCUUUCCAGCAUAUGGGUGGUAAUUGAACCCACCUGAUUACUAAGUGGAUCUCUAAAUUAGAGGUGCCUAAUAGAUAUAAGAUAUAAUAGAUACUGCAUAUAGAAGUCAUGUUUACACACAGCGAUUGUGCCCACAUCUUUAUUCCACUUAGAGGUUUCUAGUAAUCUUUCAGCCUUUCAUAUCAAAGGAGCACUGCCUUUAGAUUCUGCCGUGCAUCAUAUGCUCCUCGACUGUUCUAGUACUUAGAAAUACCGGUAAAACCCUUGUGGCACUAGACUUCUAAUAAGGCUUCAUUAUAAACUCGCAAUAUGAAACUUCUCAGUUAAUUUUUUUCAAUCUCCAGCUCAGAAUUUGAUUCCCCACCCUCAAUCUGGUUGCUAGUGAACGGGAUAAGCUUUUGGCUUGACCGCUGCUAGAUGUUUAUGCAUAUUGUUUUAAUUUCCUCUGGAGUCACGGCAUUUAAGGAGCUCAGCCAAAGCAAUGGGAUCAAAAUUUAACUGUCUUUUUGUCUUUCUUCAGCAUCUGAAUGGGUCGCAAGCAACAACAGCAGCUCUGUACAUGUGAUGAAGGAAAAUAAGAUCUGGUAAGAGAACAUUCUCAGUUCCAAGCUUCUGAGUUACUUUUUAUAUACUACAGAAGAAAGACUGAACUCGUUUUUGCUGUUGCAAAGGAGCCCUUGACAGUGUCCUUAUCAGCAAUGAGGAUUACGACAUGCUUAACUGAAAUAAUUAUUACUUGAUUGACACAAGAUUCCUAGCACCACCAUUGACCUGUUGUGUGACCUGCUGUGGAGUGGAUGAUAAACUUUAUACACGUCUUUAUGGAUGCAUUUGUAACAAUACAUCUCUGAGCUUUUGCACAAAAUAAAAAGAACUAUGCUUUCAGGAUUUUUCAUUCAAAAGUUUCAGUUGCACUGUACCUGCCAUUAAAUAAGACUAGUCAGUAGAGAAGAAUACAAGUGGAGACUUGUGAGUCACACUACUUGAAGGGGAAGGCUUCAAUUGGCUCACUGAUGGGAUACUUCAGGAAGGCUUCCACCACUCCUCUUGGCUCCGUGAUUGUUGCCACUAUCAUAUGCAGCCUUAUCACCAAGCAACCAUGCAAAGGCAGGGCUGGGACUUUUCCAGAAGUGCCUAGAUAAUGCACUUUUGAAAGGAGGUUUUAUUUUAAUAAGAAUUUGCCCAUAUGAGAUAACUGAAGCAGCCCUUGAAAGUUGGGGUGUUGUUCUUCAUCAGUUGGUUUAUAGCAGGCCAUUUUUAAUGUUCAUGUGCAAACUGCUCCUCCUGCACAUGUCAUCUAAAUAGGACCUUGUCUGAGGAGAGCAUCAACAAGACAUCUUCCAUCAAUAUCUAUCGGUUCUGGGUAGGUCAGUUGGGUAAAAGUGAGGUGCUCUGAAUGCCACGGUCGUAUGUUUGAUCCCUUUAUGAGACAAUGGCAUAUUCCUGUAUUGCAGGGGGUUGGACUAGGUGAUCCACAGGGUCCCUUUCAACUCUACAAUUCCAUGAGUCCACCUCUGUUCUUUGGCCUUUUGAUGCCCAUGGUACAUAUUUUUAGGGCCUACCCUAUUUUGAUUUGUAAAUUGUUUCAACAUAUUUUAAAAUUGUAUUUUUAAAUUGAAGUCACAUGCCCUGAGACUUUAUGGUAAAGAACAGAUAAGACAUCAUCAUCAUCCCUGACUGUUGGUCAUGCUGGCCAUGGCUGAGAGGAGCUGGGAGUACCAUAGGUUAGUCACUCCUGCAGUGGAGCAUUUAAUUUAGAGUAUUCAUGAAGUCUCCUACAUAUAUUAAUGAGCCAGGCAUAUGCCCAAAGUAAUUAUAAAGUUAAGUCCUGUGCAGCCUAAUAUUGGUGACUACUGUUCAGUGUGGCUUAUUCUCAGGUAAGUAUGUGUAGGGCUUCUGCCUGCCUUAAUAUGAAUGUUUAAGGGCACUGAACUGCAAACUUUAUUGUCCUUAUUUUUCUUCUGUUUAUGUUGUGACUGGCACAUAAUUCUGCCCAUCCAAGCUUUCUCUAGUUCCAUUGGACCUGGACAUAUAUUGCUUGAAAAACAGGCAAAAUAUGAAUAGAGGAUAAAUCUGCCUACCUCCAAAUUUCACUCACCAGGGGGCAACAGGAAAUGACGAUUGCACUCAUGUCCUGCUUGCGGUCUUCCCAUAGGCAUGGUAACCCUGGUGACUAGUUGCUGGGAAACAGAAAAUUGGCCUAAAUAGGCCUUUCAUCAGCUCUUGCAGGUCUCUUCUGUUUUCAGAUGUAUCAGUCAAGUCCUAUAACUUUCUAACCUAAAGUGUAUACUUCAGAAAUAGUGUAUUUUUAAAUUUUAAAAAAUGCAAUUGAGAAGUUGGUUAAAGAUUGAACAAACAAGAAAGGCCAGUUGAAAUGGGAGUUGCAUUAACAUAGUUUUACACAGCUCAUGUUCGUUUCAGUGGAGCUUGUGCCCAAAGCCCUCUUCACGUUUUGCAGAAAUUGGAUUGAUUGGAUUUUUGAUUAGCAUGCUUGUGAAAUGGUGUGUCUUUUUAAACAUUUGUACCCCUUUAAAAACUAUGCAUGAUAAUGUACACUGAGUUGCUACAACUACCAAGUGACACUGAUAAUGCCAAUAUAGUCCUAAAAGAGUUUCUAAGUGUUUGCAUAAUGUUCAUUGAGAAACUCUUGUACAUGCAAAGUGCAGUAAUAAUAUUAAGACGUGGACCUGUUAAAUGUGUGAGAGGAUGGUUAUGGAAGAAAGUAGAAAUGCUAUAUUUACAAUCACUUUCCUGAAUGGGCCACUUCAUCAUGGGUUACAUUGGAUUGUAGUUUUGAAUUAAAUGUAUUUUUAGUGAUAGAAAUAAAAUAUUUGUUGCCUGUUGCAUGUUGUUGCUUUUACAGAUAGAUUGCUGGAGUUAUUUUUAGAAGUAAAUUUUGCAAGUGGCUGAAUGGUUGCAGCCUAAUUGUGUGUUUUUU